UGACACCUCACUACGUUUAUUGUGAAGAAGAAGAAUUAGUGCAACAACUGAAAAUCACUUUCUUUUCUAUAUUUUUUUUAGUGCAUGCGUGGUCAACUUAUAAAUAUAUAAAUACUUAAAGAAACAUCAUAAGAUUAUACACAAUAAUUGCUGUACUUAUUUAUAUUAGUGAAAUGUCGGAUCAAGUGGCGGAAACUGUAGCAGAAGCCGUAAAAGAUGCGGUGGAGAAUGCAACCAGUGAAACUAUAACAAAUGAAAAAAUUCCUGCCACGCCAGAAGGCAUCAUAGUAGCUUAUGGUAGUCUAGUGGUUAUGGCUAUGCUUCCAAUUGUAUUUGGUUCAAUACGUUCCGUAAAACUGCACAAGCUUAAGAAGGUGAGCGGAGAAAAGGCAGAAACAAUGACCAAAAAGGAUGCGAUGUUUUUCCCUAUCAUCGCGAGUGCUGCACUUUUUGGACUUUAUAUGUUCUUCAAGAUUUUUUCCAAAGAUCAUAUAAAUCUUCUUCUAACUGGUUACUUUUUCUGUUUGGGUGUCAUUGCAUUAGCCCACCUUCUUAGUCCUAUUGUUAAUUCAUUAAUGCCCACAGCUGUGCCGAAAAUACCUUUUCAUAUGCACUUCACUAAAGGUGAGGGCAAGCACAAAGAGGAUAUUAUAAAUUAUAAGUUUUCGACGCAUGAUAUCAUUUGCUUGGGCAUUUCUUCAGCAAUUGGCAUUUGGUAUUUGUAUAAAAAGCACUGGAUUGCUAAUAACAUGUUCGGAUUGGCAUUUGCAGUAAAUGGAGUUGAAUUGCUGCAUCUCAAUAACAUUGUUACUGGAUGUAUAUUAUUAAGUGGCUUAUUUUUCUAUGACAUAUUCUGGGUCUUUGGAACAAAUGUGAUGGUCACAGUAGCAAAAAGUUUUGAGGCGCCAAUCAAAUUAGUUUUCCCUCAAGAUUUGCCAACAAACGGAUUAAGUGGAACAAAUUUCGCCAUGCUGGGAUUGGGAGAUAUAGUUAUUCCUGGCAUAUUUAUUGCUUUACUUCUACGUUUUGAUCACAGCUCCAAACGCAAAAGCCGAAUUUACUUUUAUUCUACAUUAGUAGCAUACUUCCUUGGGCUAUUGGCUACUAUAUUUGUAAUGCAUGUAUUUAAACAUGCUCAACCUGCAUUGCUUUAUUUAGUUCCAGCAUGUAUGGGAACUCCAUUGUUAGUAGCACUAGUACGAGGAGAACUGAAAUCACUAUUUGCUUACGAAGAUCAUCCUGAGGAGAAACUUGAAAAGAAGGAGGGAAAAGAUGCAUCUGGUGUCAACAGUGGAUCAAAUAAGAAGAAAGAAUCAAAGAAAGCCAAAUAAAAUGGAAAUAGUAAAUUCAAAGAUUCGACAAACUUUGUGGGUUGAACCUCUAAGGUUUUCUCUUAGUGAGAUAAAAUGUUCAUUGACAUUUCAGAAUGCUAUUUAAGUCAUGUAAAUCAAUCCAAGAUAAAGUUAAUGUAAAAA